UUCCGACAUCAGCGUGCGUUGAGCUAAGUUAGCAAAACAUGUGUUGAUAAUUGUGUUUAUGUUGUGUUUUAUUUGGGAAAAUAAAUCUACAAAUAUAUAUUUAUACAUGGCGAUGGAGGGAUGUAUCGAUUAAGUGUCCUGACCGGAAGCUCGUGAGCUACAAGUGAAGCUAACGGUUAUUUUGUAGCUGGAGUUAGCGGAGUUAGCUAGCUAACAGCCUGCUGCUUCUACCACAACAACAGCGCACCAUGGCAAAUCUAGAGCAGUGGGUGAAUGACCGUCUCCAUGACAUCCUCGGGUUGAGUGACAGAUAUGUGUCUCAAUUCAUGAUCGGCACUGCGCGGAAAGCCUCGAGUUCUCAAGACUUUGUGGAUCGUCUCGAGCAGACGGGCACGAUUGACAUCGAACCGAGUGUGGUUGCGUUCGCGCAAGAGCUCUUCGACAAGAUUCCUCGCAAGCAGGUUGUUGAGAAACCUGCCCGGGCGAUGGAACGGGAAGCCAUUGAAAUGGACAAGAGGAAUCGGACUUACACGUUACUGGAGGACAGCGACAGUGAUGUAGAAGCUGUGAAGGAAAUGGAGAAAGGGAAGAAGAAAAAGGACAAAGACAGAGGAAACAGGAGGAAGCACAUCAGAAAGAAGAAAGAGAGCGCGUCGUCUAGUGAGGACGAAGCACCUAUAAGGGGCAAUUCAGGCCAAGGGGACACCAAUUCUCUCAAGAAAGAAGAAGAAGAAGAAGAGGAGGAGGAGUGGGAGAAGGAGGAGAGAGAGCGACAGCAGGACAUCGAAGAGAGAGAUGCGUUUGCUGAGCGAGUGAAGCUGAAAGACAAAGACAAGACCCGUAACAUAACAGAGAGGACGGACAAAAAGGCUUAUGAGGAAGCUCAGAAGAGGCUGAAGAUGGCUGAAGACGACCAGAAGAAAAUGUUGCCGGAGUUGAGGAAGCGCUCUCACUGGGAUUAUCUAAAGAAGAGAGAGUCAGAGAAGAUGGAGGACCUGGAGGCAGAGAUCAAUGAUGACGAGUACCUUUUCCAUACAGAGGAGCUGACAGAGAGGGAGCAAAAGGAGUUGGACUACAAACGCACCCUGCGGGACCUGGCUAAAGAUUACAAAAAGGCCGGUGCCAAGGAACAUGAGGAGAGGAAGAACAGAUACUACAUGCCAGAAGAGAAGAGAAACAAGGAGGUGCCCCAGAGGGACCUGGAGCUGGAGGAAAGUCCCAUGGAGCUGGGAGGAGAGCAAGGCCGCUGGGAGGAGGAGAGGCUGAAGACGGCCUCCCUCAGCUUCGGUGCCAAGAGGGAGCGAGAGCAAGGGAUGAGGCAGGAGCAGGAUAGGUACCAGCUGAUCCUGGAGGAGGAGGAGCUGAUCGAAUUUGUCAGCACUGCCAUGACCAUGAAGGGAACUAGGACGGAGCAGGAUCAGGAGGCCCUGGCUCUGUCCCAGGCAGAGCUGAAGAAACAGUCCAUGCAGGAGGUCCGUCGCAGCCUGCCCAUCUUCCCCUACAGAGAGGACCUGCUAGCUGCCAUCAGCGAGCACCAGAUUCUCAUCAUUGAGGGGGAGACGGGCUCCGGAAAGACCACUCAGAUUCCUCAGUACCUCCUGGAAGACGGCUACACAAACGGAGGCAUGAAGAUCGGAUGUACACAGCCUCGCAGAGUGGCAGCCAUGUCAGUGGCGUCCAGAGUGGCACAGGAAAUGAGCGUCAAGCUCGGGAAUGAGGUGGGUUACAGUAUUCGUUUUGAGGACUGCACGUCGGAAAGAACAGUGCUCAAGUACAUGACGGACGGCAUGCUGCUCCGAGAGUUUCUCACCGAGCCCGACCUGGCCAGCUACAGUGUGGUCCUCAUAGAUGAAGCCCAUGAGCGAACGCUGCACACAGACAUCCUGUUUGGUCUGAUUAAGGACAUCGCCAGGUUCAGGUCAGACCUGAAGGUGCUGGUGGCCAGCGCCACUCUGGACACUGAGCGCUUCUCCCGCUUCUUUGACGACGCGCCCGUCUUUAGGAUCCCCGGCAGGAGGUUCCCCGUCGAUAUCUUCUACACUAAAGCUCCAGAGGCAGACUACCUGGAAGCCUGCGUGGUGUCGGUGCUACAGAUCCACGUCACCCAGCCUAUCGGAGACGUCCUGGUCUUCCUCACUGGACAGGAGGAGAUCGAAACGUGCUGCGAGCUGCUCCAGGAGCGAUGCAGGCGGCUCGGCUCUAAGAUAGCAGAGCUGCUGGUCCUUCCCAUCUACGCCAACCUGCCGUCGGACAUGCAGGCGAAGAUCUUCAACCCCACUCCGCUGGGAGCCCGUAAGGUGGUGGUGGCUACCAACAUAGCAGAAACCUCACUGACCAUAGAUGGCAUCAUCUACGUCAUUGACCCAGGCUUCUGCAAACAGAAGAGCUACAACGCCCGCACCGGCAUGGAGUCACUCAUCGUUACGCCCUGCUCACGGGCUUCGGCCAACCAGAGGGCAGGCCGUGCAGGCAGAGUGGCUGCUGGGAAAUGUUUCAGGCUUUACACAGCCUGGGCCUUUAAACACGAGAUGGAGGAAUCGACGGUGCCCGAGAUUCAGAGGACCAACUUGGGGAAUGUAGUCCUGCUGCUGAAGAGUUUAGGCAUCAAUGACCUCAUUCACUUUGACUUCAUGGACCCGCCUCCUCAUGAGACUCUGGUGUUAGCGCUGGAGCAGCUCUAUGCCCUGGGAGCGCUCAACCACCUGGGAGAGCUCACCAAGCUGGGUCGCAGGAUGGCUGAGCUCCCGGUGGACCCCAUGCUGAGCAAGAUGGUCCUGGCCUCUGAACAGUACAAGUGUUCAGAGGAAGUGUUGACGAUAGCUGCCAUGCUGUCAGUAAACAACUCUAUUUUCUACCGGCCCAAAGACAAAGUGGUUCACGCCGACAAUGCCAGAAUGAACUUUGUGGUGCCGGGAGGAGACCACCUGGUGCUGCUCAACGUCUACACACAGUGGUUGGAGAGCGGCUACUCCACGCAGUGGUGCUACGAGAACUUCAUCCAGUUCCGCUCCAUGAGAAGAGCCCGGGACGUCAGGGACCAGCUGGAGGGUCUGAUGGAUCGCAUUGAGGUGGAGGUGGUGAGCUCACAGGGAGACAGCUUGCCCAUUCGCAAGGCGGUGACGGCGGGAUAUUUCUACCACACGGCGCGACUGAGCAAAGGCGGCUACAAGACGGUGAAGCACCAGCAGACGGUCUACGUGCACCCCAACAGCUGUCUGUUCGAGGAGCAGCCGCGCUGGAUCAUCUACCACGAGCUGGUCUUCACCACCAAGGAGUUCAUGAGACAGGUGAUUGAGAUAGACAGUGGCUGGCUGCUUGAAGUGGCUCCUCACUACUACAAGAGCAAAGAGCUGGAGGACAGCAGCAGCAAGAAGAUGCCCCGCAAGCAGGGCAAAGCUAAGGAGGAGCUGGGCUAAAGAGAGGGCCGAGGCAGGGGGGACAGAUGGUGAAGAAAAACAGUGCAGGGGGCACACUCCUUGCCCUUCUCAGGGCAGGGUAAAAGUAAAUACAAUGACUUAGAUUUUUAUAAAAAUAAAGAAGAAAAGUGUGGAAUUGUGGUUGCAGCUACAUUUGUCUUCAGUUGUAGCUUGAGAUGGCAUUUUGGACCACAUUUUGGCCAUGUGGAGCAGAGGGACGGGUCCAGCGGGAAGUGGGUGACAAAGUCACUCACUGGGUUAAUCAUAAACCGGCUGUGUCAGCUGGGCCACAACAAGGAAACAUGAAUGCACUUGGAUCUGAGUUUCCUGAUCUGAGACUGCAGCGGCGCAGACUCUCUGGGUGGGUCCCACAGCUCAUUGAAGAACGAGACGGUAGCUUUGUUUUCCAGGUGCUUUUCAACGGCCACCAAGCUCUUUGUUGAGUCCAAUUGUGUAUUUGUGAAACCAGCACACUGUUAAAGUGUGCAAAUUACCGGGGAAGCUGAAAAGACUAAUUUCUAAAUAAGGAGUUUCACUCUUGUGUGAGGCUCUGUAACGUGUUUAUUGUCAUUUUUUUUUUCUACAGCAAUAAACUUUUUACAACCACUUUUUGUGACCUGGUUUGCUGGUUUGACCUGGUCUUAUUAUUUACUACCUUUCAACUCGGGUUUCUUUGUUGUUGUAAUUACACCAGGAAGUUUACUACAGAUGUUUAGCUUGUAUUUAGGCGCAGCAUUUGAAGAGGCUCCUGUCGUCCUCUUGUCAUGCUGGUUUGCAACAAAAGGACUGUGUGCUUUUGAGAGAAGUUUUACAAAAUGAAUAUCAAAGCAUCCAAAGAUACAGAUGUGACCUCUUUAACUCAUUUUUAACUAUUUAAAAAACAACCAAAAACUUUUUUUUUUUUUGCUAAUUGUCAACUUGUAAGCCAAUGCAAAAUAUGAGCUGUUUGACAAAGCAAACAACUUCUUAUGCUGUUAAUAUGUAAAUCAGUUCUGGCCCUAACAUGCAUUCAAUUAAGUCUGGUUUUGAUGGAAAGGGUGGAACUGGGACUGUGCUGUGAUGACAGGCUAAACUUACGCUGCUGGUCUUGUUUGGGAGGUAAACCCACAAAGUGUGAAGAGAGCAGUGCAGCUAUGACAGGUAUGAGGCGCUCGUACCUGUAGUGUUGAUGGCACUGGUGAAUGCAGCGACAGUGGAAUUUCCCCAACAGUCACUGCUGCUGUUCUUGAUUCAUAUCGCACAAAGUCGCAUAGAGUAAAACUCUUAUGUGCUUCUCUAUCAUGUGACGCUCCACGCCACUAAUAUCUGACAAACAGCUAUACGAGUUUGAUUCUCAAAUGUAAUCAACCAAUAAGAGCAUGCAGCUGUAGUUACACAGAGCUGCCUCUAAUGAUGUGUAUUCUGCUACGUGUGGACACACAUCAGAUACCUGAUUUUCUACAAAUGCAACACACAGACACAAUAACAAAAAAAUACCU